AUGAGAGACAAUGAUACCCCCAAGCAGGAUAAUGCCAAGUUUACAUGGACAAACUCGUCUCAGACGACGGUUAUCGCCAUGGGUACCAUCCAGAAUCCAGAACAUCAAAACUCCAACAACAGCAGCAACCCGUCAAUGCUUACCGACUUUGAUGCUCAACAGAAUGAGAUUGUGGGCACAAAGGAAGACGAUGAAUGCUUGAUGGCACUGAUGAUGGUGCAUUCGCGGCUUUGCUGCAACACUUUGGAGUGUAAAAAAGUUCUCGUACCAAAAGAAAUCAAUCGAUCUUUCGAUUCCUACAGAUUUUUCUAUACAGUGUGCUUGAGUUGUGCUGGUUAG